AUGCAUCGCCUGGUCAGCGGACGCUCGAGUGGGAGCUACGAGUCGACGGCCUCGGCCGUCUUUCCCGAGUACCUGGCUGGCAUGCCACUCUCGCGUCGCCAUUACAUGAUUCAAACGGAAGCCAGCACAUGCAGCAUCUUCCUGGGCCAUCAACCUGGACCAUCCAUCGACCUCAUGCGGGAGCUGCCAAGCAACCUCCAUGACGCUGUCGUCGACGUGCAGCUGCGGCCGCGCGACAUGCGCCAUCUCCCGCUGCAAAUUUCGUUCCCGAGACGUAUCCGCCAAUGA